AUGUCUGACUAUUAUGUACUGAAAGCUAACCAUUCUCAACGAUAUGAUGCUGUGGAUCGUCGAAGAAGAAGAAGUUCUACUCGUAAAGCUGAGAACAACAUUAUUCACUGUCCACAUAGGUUAGACCCUGAUUGCGAAUGUGUACGAAAUUCAGAUAUACCUAAAGAUCGUCCACUGAGUGAUAAACAAAAGAAAAUAGGAACGGCGUCACUCAUACGAAGUGAGAUGGAAAGACUUAAGGUAUAUGACAAACCACGAUAUAGUGCGCUUACCAACAUUAUCAAAAGUCCUGAACACGAAAAAGAUAAACACAUUGAACGUUACGAAGAAAAAUAUGGCUCUUUGCUAUCGGAAAAUAUCCUAGACUUCAUGAACUCUGAUCAAUAUAGAGAUUCCAAACAGAUGACAAUGAAUGGUACAGUAACGUGGUUUCAUCCUCGGAAAGGCUUUGGCUUUAUCACUCCAGAUAACGGUGACGAGGAUGUUUUUGUACACUUUUCUGAUAUUCAAGUCAGCGGAUUUAAAACCUUGAGUGAAGGACAAAAGGUUUCCUUCGACAAAAANUCAAUAUGUGAUAAGAAAAUCGAAUAUUUUUGCAUCACUAGUCAGUAUGUCAAGAAUCAGAAUACGUCACGGCCAUGUAUCUUUUGGAGUCAAGUAGGUGAUGGGCACAUCGAUUGUAUGGGAGCUCGCGAUGAACGCAAUGUGUUAUCGUGUCCAGUUGACCAUCGAAUGGUUGGUGACCGAUUUCUAUGCGAUAAGCAAACAAAAUGUAUCGACUAUCUGCUGAUUUGCAACGGAAUCAAGGAUUGUGUAGAUGGAACAGAUGAAUCAAUAUGUUACUGGAAUAUCAGCAAUUGUUUACGCGGAACUUUUCCUUGCGCGGAUGAAUCAGGAUGUAAAAGCACUAGAUGUAAAACAAGUCUGGGAUGCAAUGAUAAAUCUCACCGAUUUUGGUGUCCAAAUCCAAACAAUGGUAAUGCAGUAUAUCGCUCACAAAAAUAUAGGACAAUUUUCGAUGAUAAAAGUAGAUGCUAUGAUCAAUCUUACUCACAAGCAAAACAUAUAAUUGCACCGCGUUCUACAGGUCAUUAUAUCGGGAAUCGCAUAGCAGAGUCCCCCAUUUACUACAUGUACUGUAAUAAAGGGUUUUAUCUAGAAAGAGAUCGUAGGUCAGACCUGACAUGCUUUUGCCCUCCCAGUUUGUAUGGCGAUCGCUGUCAAUACGACAGUCGACGAGUCACCAUUCGCAUUCGUUUGGACCGAUGGCAUCGACCUGAUAUUCCAAUCAUUCUUGACGUUCUGUUCAUACUUCUACUAAACGAUAGUCAAAUCGUAGAUCAUCACGUUCUCACUGAUGAAAACAAAGAGUAUCCAUCGAAGAACGAUAUUUAUUUAGUUUAUCCUCGCCCAAAACCGCCAGGUAUUUACACCCUACGAAUAGAGAUCUAUCAUUCUGCCGAUUUUCUCCAUUUCUGGGAAUAUCCAAUUAGCCCGCUGGACUUCUUACCCGUAUUUCGUAUCGCGAAAGUGCUUCGAUUUCCUGACCGCUCACUUCCAUGGCAUUGUUCGUAUAACCGCUGUGAGAAUAACGGGACUUGUUAUCAAGCAGAAGGGAACCGAUUUCUUUGUAUUUGUCCACGCUCCUGGAAGGGCAAAUUCUGUGAUAUCAAGAUGAAUCGAACUGGUUGUGCAUCGAAUUCUCUCGCACGAGCUGAAAAUGUUUGUGUUUGUUCACAUGGUUAUAUGCAACCUCACUGUUUCGUACAGAACCACAAAUGCCGACGAGUGACAUGCAGAUUGAACGAAACGUGUGUUCCACGGUCUGACCUUCCUGCCUAUAGGCACACGUGUAUUUGCAACGUGACUAACUGUAAACCCGAUCGACCGGUUAUUGUAUUAAAUCGUCGAGAACCGAACGAAUUACCAUUUCUUGUCCAACUGCUUCAAUUAACAGGUAAUUAUCCUACUAUCCGUCAUCAAAUCCUCAUUCCGCCAUUUACAUCAUUUCCAUGGAUCAAAACCAUCAAAACUCGAGAUAAGCGCGAUUAUGUUGGAACCCUGCCAGAGAUUGGCUUACUCUAUUCGUUUGAAUCUUAUGCAGAUUCAGUACGAAAUACUUUAUAUUUACUUUUCAUCAACUGCACGAAUAAUAUACGAAACUUUACAGUCGAUUUGGAUCUACAAGCGCAAAAAUGUCAUGAAUUUUCUAUGGAAGAGCAGCAUUUUGUCGCAGUAUUCCCAGAAUUUUGCCACAAUUUUACUUACGGCGUUUGUUUUGCAUAUGACGGUUACUUAUGCUAUUGUAAUUAUUCCAAUGGCAAUCAGAGCAACUGCCUAUCGUACCAACGAAGAUACAUAACUUGUGAUUACUGUCAGAACGAAGGACACUGUGUUCAGGGUGACCUGACAAAUAAAACUGACUUCAUUUGUGUAUGUCCGAAAUGUGUCACAGGAGUCCUAUGCCAAUUUUCACUGAGUCGUUUCUCAAUUUCACUGGAAUUUUUAUUUGAAAAGAACGAUUGGAAUCGUGGCCAUUUCAUAGCACCAGUCAUUCUAUUUAUUCUCGGCAUGAUCCUUAACUCUUUGUCGCUUAUCACUUUCACACAUAAGAAACUUCGCACAAGUGGAGUGGUCGUUAAACUUCUAGCAACUUCUUUAUGCGGUCUUCUGGUGGUAAUAUUAUUGCUUGCAAGAAUAACUUAUCUCUACAUGGUACGAAAGAUCAUCAUGUUGCACCGAAUAAGUAUCAUAAUGUGCAAAGCUCUGCCCAUGCUCAUGUAUACUUUCUAUUAUACUACUCUAUGGUUAAUGACGACGGUGACAGUGGAAAGAGCAUUGGCUACAUUACAAUCCUCCCUAUGGUCGCGACUACAAGAGUUCAAAGUAUCCAUUUCUUUGGUGUUGCUAAUUAUUUUCAUUGUUUCAAGUUCGAAUUACAUAUUCAUCAGCCAAUACGAGCUGGUCAAUCACCCCGAUUACAUCUUUCCUUGGUGUAUACGUGAAAUUCCGCUCAAUCAGCAACUGUUCACGCACAUACUGACUCUGUUUCACCAAAUAAUACCGUUUCUAAUCAAUAUCAUAGCUGCAUUGAUUAUCAUUGUAAUGAUCACUCGAUCGAAGAUGCAUGCUUAUCGGAAAACUAAAGGUAGUGCUCUGAUGGAUCAAACACGAAAGCGAUUUGAUCUUCUUCUGAGUCCGAUAGUUUGUUUCCUAGCACAAUUACCUGAGAUAAUAAUUCUUUUCUUAAAUGCCUGUGACUACGAUACUAGCACCUGGUUCUCACAAGUUAAUCUAUGUAUUUACUAUGUCUCAUUCUUUCCACAGAUGAGUAUUUUCUUUUUGUAUAUUACACCAUCGAAACAGUACUAUGAUGUAUUUAUCAAGGAAACUCUACUGGGCAAACGUGUAUUCCACAUGCUAUAUUUGCCGAUUGUUCUUUCCAGACCAACAAAUACGUGA